AUGGCAAUAACUCGCAGGUCGCUCAAGAAGUUCGGGCACAGCUGCUGCCUGAUGGUUCAUAUUUGUCUAGAUCUUGACGCGGCCACCGCCGAGCUGCCGGCCGUCUGCGCCGGUGACCUGGACGCCGACCCGGCUUCCGGGCUGGGCACGAACGCCACCCUGCCGGCUGGAGAGAGGAGGGUGCCGAAGGCGGUCAUCUUCGGUGGAGGCAUCCCGGACGAGGAGGUCGCCAAGGUCGGCGAUGCGGUGAGGGCGAGCGCGCCUGGAAUCAGGUUCGUCAAGGUUGCGAGGCAGGAGGUGCUGGAUGCUGGAGCGGAGAAGCCGAAUCCAGAGGUCAUUGUCGGAAUCCUGAGAGGAAAGCUUGCUGGCUUGUGA